CCAUAGCUCUUCAACACAACACACUUACAACACAAGCCUGUUAUGAAUACACUUGUACUUUGCUGACAAGUACUAUUUUAAGCAUACCUUAAUAUUUCGCUUAUUAUCCGGGUUGUUUUAUGAUCUACAAUGUAAAUCUGCACAUGCGGUUUAAAGUACGCAUUUGUCCUCCUGAUCGUCAGCCUGUUGUCUGGUGAUGAGGCCGCAGAGGUGGGUUGAGUUUGUGGCCUUUAGCAGCAGAUCUCUCCUCCUCUCUCUGCAGUGGAAACACGUGUGUGACAGCAGCAGGCGGUACCACGGCACUCUCAUGGCUGAAGAGGCAAAGAAGCUCGCAGCCUAUGCUGCUGUUGACAACCACAUACAGAACAAUCAGGUAGUUGGGGUGGGCAGUGGCUCAACUAUUGUCUAUGCUGUAGACAGGCUGGCUGAGAGGGUCAGACAAGAGAAGCUGAACAUUGUGUGUGUUCCCACCUCUUUCCAGGCUCGUCAGCUGAUUCUGCAGCAUGGUCUCCCUUUGUCCGAUUUAGACAGACAUCCUGAGCUGGAUGUAGCAAUUGAUGGAGCUGAUGAGGUUGAUGCUGCUCUGACUCUAAUAAAGGGAGGAGGGGGAUGCUUGACCCAGGAGAAGAUUGUGGCUGGUUGUGCCAAACACUUCAUUGUCAUUGCAGACUAUAGAAAGGACUCAAAGGCCCUGGGGAAGCAGUGGAAAAAAGGUGUGCCAGUGGAGGUCAUCCCCAUGGCGUAUGUGCCAGUGUCCAAAGCCAUUGCUCGGCGGUUUGGAGGAGAGGCCGUGCUAAGGAUGGCAGUCAGUAAAGCGGGUCCGGUGGUUACUGAUAACAGUAACUUUAUCCUGGAUUGGAAGUUUGAGCAUGCCCAGAACUGGAAAGAGGUCAACACAGCCAUCAAGAUGAUCCCAGGUGUAGUUGAGACGGGCUUGUUUGUGGAGAUGGCUGAGAGGGUAUACUUUGGAAUGGAGGAUGGAAGUGUUAAGACUAGAGACCCUCCUGUCAACUAAGAAGAAACUUUCUCUCACGUACAGUAAUAGACCAGCCUGCACACCUCAAGUGCAAUUAUAAUACACUGAUUCUGGCAGCUCUUUCCCUGCAGUUUCUCAGCUUUGUGGUACAGAAACCACCAGUGUCCUGUGAGAAGCAUGUGAUCUGGACAUUUCCCGGAAUCCUGUGGUGGUGUGUACACGAAAUGUGAAAUAUUACGCACCAAUGCAACACAGGGCACUUAGAUACACCUGUUUUCCCCUUUUACUCUCCAUAUGCUAAGCUAUGUUCCACACAUUUACAGUGUAUGUUUGCCUUCUGUGCUGCUUUACAUGGCCAUGCUCUACCAUGAACCUUGUAAUGCAUGGAUAGGCUAAACUGAAAUCCAGCAGGCCUUAUUUCUGUACUUUAUUGUUCUUUCUGUUCUGACUCUCUUACCAGCGAAUGUUUUGCUGCCCGAUUUUUACUGUGACAUUAUAUUAAGUUUUCAAGUGUUGUUCUAUGAAAAUUAAUAUUAAAAUCGGACCAAGCAAUUACGAAACAUCUUUUCGUUC